GGGAGCACUGUUAUGGUAAUUCUCCACUCUGACAGUCGCGUUCAUCUUUCAGAGCAGAUAUUGUAUUUGUAGCGGCCACAACAACAACAACAACAACAACAACAACAAACGAGGUAUGGCAGCUCUGAAAUACGCGGGUAUGGACGAUACAGACAGUGACGAUGAGUUACCUCCAGGAUGGGAAGAGAGAUCUACGAAAGACGGCUGGGUCUACUAUGCAAACCAUGAUGAGAUGAAGACACAGUGGGAACAUCCCAAGACAGGAAAGAAAAAACGUUGUGCUGGAGAUCUACCGUAUGGUUGGGAGCAAGAAACUGAUGAAAAAGGACAGAUCAUUUAUGUUGAUCACAUUAACAAGCGGACCACGUAUUUUGACCCACGGCAGGCCUUUACAGUAGAGGAUGUGGUGGUGAAGCCGAAACGGUACGAUGGAAAUACUGCUGCUCUAGAGAUCCUGCAGGGUCGUGACCUCUCUGACAAGGUCGUCCUCAUUACUGGAGGCAACUCUGGCAUCGGGUUUGAGACAGCCAGGUCUUUUGCUCUGCAUGGUGCCCAUGUGAUCCUGGCGUGUCGAAACCUCUCCCGGGCUAUCAAGGCAGUUAACGUCAUACAGCAAGAGUGGCACAAAGCAAGAGUAGAAGCCAUGAUGUGCGACCUCGCCUCUCUCCGCAGUGUCAGAGAGUUUGCAGAGUCUUUCAAGGCCAGGAAACUGCCAUUGCACGUUCUGGUGUGCAAUGCAGCAGUGUGCACUCAGCCCUGGAGCUUGACGGAGGAUGGCCUGGAGUCCACCUUCCAGAUCUGCCAUCUAGGUCACUUCCUGCUUGUCCAGUGCCUACAGGACGUGCUGCGUUGCUCAGUCCCCGCCCGUGUUGUGGUGGUAUCCUCUGAGUCCCACAGGUUCACAGACCUGUUAGACUCAUGUGGCAAAGUGGACUUGGCCCUGCUGUCUCCCUCAAAGAAGGAGUACUGGUCCAUGCUGGCUUACAAUCGGGCCAAACUCUGUAACAUCCUCUUCAGCAACGAGCUCCACCGCCGCCUCUCACCUCAUGGAGUCACGUCCAACGCAGUGCAUCCUGGGAACAUGAUGUACACCUCUAUUCACCAGAGCUGGUGGCUGAUGACCUUUCUCUUCACGCUGGCCAGACCUUUCACCAAGUCCAUGCAACAAGGGGCGGCCACCACGGUGUACUGUGCCAUGGCUCCGGAGCUGGAGGGGUUAGGUGGCAUGUACUUCAACAACUGCUUCCGCUGCCUGCCAUCCAUCCAGGCCCAGGACCAGAGCAGCGCUGUCAGCCUGUGGGAGCUCAGCGAGCGCCUGGUUGCAGAGAGGUCUGCAGGCAUACAGGCCCUCUGAUGGACAGAGGAGGAGGAGGAGGAGGAGGGGGACUAGCCGAACAGGAAUCAAAGAGGAAGGAUGGCAGGUCACGGUGAUGUCCAGUUAGUUGUGAACUGAAUAAAAUGUAACUGUACUCUAUACAAGAGAGCUGCCAAACCACGGAAGUCCAUCUGGAUAUGUUACGUCACUAUAGGGGCUUAAACAUUACAUAUACGGUACAGGAAGGGGUUUCAUAUACACUCCAUUGAAUAAAUUAAAGUUUGAGUUGUGUUCAGCUCUGCUGUGGUAGUUUACAAUGGGAGGUGGGGACGGGAGAAGAUUUGGGACCAAUUCAGGGAUCUCUUAAAGUUUGUUCUAUCUCUGUUUAUCUCUGUUUAUAACUCUCCCAAGUCUUCUCCAUUUCACGACUGUCUAUUUAAAAGAGCGAAGUUCAAAGAAGCUAAUUACCUGUCUUGAUAACAAUACAGGGUUUCCUAAUAAGCAUACACCAUGUGGCAUAUGCAUCUGUUUCCAGCAAUAGUGCACUAUGUGGCAAAUAUUGUGUCUUCCCAGUUAAUGUCUGUAUAUUCAGUAUCCUCUUGUCUAGUUCUACGUAGAUGUUGAUGUUUCCUAUUGAGAUACAGAGAGCGUUGGUUAAUCUUUGUGCUAAAUCUUUUUGGGCAUAGAAGAAAUAAGGAGUAAUGGGAAUGUGACACUCAUGGAUAUACAAACACACUAGAGUGGUAUGAUUCUUAUGGCUAUUUACAUUAUUCUGCAAUAAUUGUAUUUCUCAUCAGUGUCCCUAUUCCUUUUCUGUACAUAUAUUUACAAUAUCCUGAUUUCUGGGCAUGUGCUAAAGGGCUGUGGACAUCAUAUUUUUUCUGUUUGCUAUUUUUCUCAACCUACGUAUUAAUAAUCUAAACUCUGGUAAGUCUAAAUUACAAUUUGGAGGUAUUUCUGGGAUGAUCUUUGUCCAUAUGAAUAGCAAAUACAGAUGGCGGAGAAUCUUAUUUCCAGAGUCCGGGAUCUUUAAUUUCUGUGUUUCUUCCCUUGUUGUUGGAGCAGAAGAAUAUGAGUGAUUUCAGUCUCCUGUUUUUAUUUUAUCGUCAUUGUUUUAAUAUUGAACUCUGGCUUUGGGUUGGCUGUUGGGUUGCCUGUAAGCCACUGUUAGGACGCUUUUGAGACAUUGUGCUUUAUGGCAGUCUGGGUGCCGUAGGUUGCUCUUGAAACAUCAGCAUUCCAGUGUCAUGAUAUCUGUAAAAAAAACAAUGAGAAAGAACAUUUAAUAAAGAUCUGUUUUAGAGUAA